AUGACGAACUUGUAUGACAUCCCCGCCGGGCUGGUGACCGGCAUAGAGGACAGCGCCCUUGCGGCGCAGAUCAUCGUGGCCGUGAUCCUGGCCAUCGCUUUCUACAACUCGGUGGAGCUCGUCGUCCUGCUCUUCCUCACCUUCAAGAAGUACCGCGGCCUCUACUUCUGGUCCCUGCUGGUCUCCACCGUGCUGGGCGUCAUGCCCAGCGUCGUGGGCCCCGUGCUGCACUUCUACUCGCUCGGCCCCCUCCUGCUCGCCCUGCUCAUCUCGAACCUCGGCUUCUACGCCAUGGUGCCCGUGCAGUCGCUGGUCCUGUACUCCCGCCUACACCUGCUCCUCCGCAACGAGCGGCGUCUGCGCCAGAUCCUCUACCUGAUCCUGCUCACCACCGCCAUCCUGCUGCCCCCGACGACCGUCACCACUUACGGCUCCGCCUUCGUGGGCACUGCCCCCUGGAACGCCGCGUACCAGGUCAUCGAGCGCGCCCAGGUGACCGGGUUCUGCCUCCUGGAGCUGUUGCUCUCCGCCUUGUAUAUCCGGGAGGCGGUCCAAGUGCUGUGGGCCGGCGAUCCCGCGCUGCUGCGUCGACGGCGAGACGGCGCCGGGAAUGUGAUCUACCAGCUCGUGGCUAUCAACUUUGUUAUCAUCGCGCUCGAUGUCGGCCUGCUCGUUCUGGAGUAUGUCGGGCUCUACUAUCUGCAGGUCGCAUUGAAGUCUCUGGUGUACAGUAUCAAGCUGAAGAUGGAGUUUGCGGUUCUGGGACGGCUUAUCACCCUAACGGGCCGACAUUCCCAUCGCGAGGAGCCGGUCGCGAGACUCGAAGAGCCGGCGAGAGUGCCGGACUUUGUGGGGGCGGAGUAUGCGGCCGUGGACUUUACGCACCCUGUCCGGACAUCGAAACCAUCCAUGUCCUCGGGGUGA